AUGCAUUAUGAAUGGUUAAGUAACGGAGUUUUACCAUCAGAAAUGGAAAAUCAUACAAUUAUUAUUAAAUCAAUUGAAUAUCCUCCACUUCUUAUCGAUCCAUUUGGACAAUAUGAUCAAUGGAUGAAAAAAUAUUAUAAUCUACCAAAAAUUUAUUUUGAUAAUCAAUCAAAAGAUGAUGUUGUAAUGUCAAUUGAACAAUCAUUUUUAUCUAGAUCAAAAAUUUAUAUAAACAAUUGUAAUACAUUAGAUAGUGUUCUAUAUUCAUUAGCACAAUGGAAAGCAACAUCACAAGAAUCGAAUUCUAAUGCUGAUCUUAUUUGGUUUGAACUUCUUUCAUUACCAAAUUUAUUUAAUCAAGAUGAUCAACUACAUCAUUUAUCAGAACCAAUUUCAGAAAAUGAUCAACAAUGGAAAAAUUGGUAUGAUAAUCCUCAAUUAAAUUUAUUUCAUAAUUUAAAUAAUCAGCAAUUUUCUCAAAUUGAAAAAUGA